GGUGGCGGGAAUGCACCUUUAAUUUGCUCGCCAACCGCCAUUAAAUCCUAAAAGAAGACGAAGAAGCCACGUCAUCUCCGCGCGACAGCAAACGCGAUGGCAGAGUCAGGAACCGAGAAAGUAAUCAAGCUUGUUCCUGAGAAUCUUCUCAAGAAACGCAAGGCGUACCAGGCUAUCAAAGCUACUCAAGCCAAACUUGCGUUACAGCAGAAGAGAAAAGUCCAAAAAGGAAUUCCCUUGAAGUUUAAGCGCUUGGAGGAGUUUUUGAAAAACAGCAAGAGGAGGAAUCGAGAUGAGACACGACUCGCCAGACUCAAACAGAGACCUCUGCCGCCCAUGCCCCCAGCAAAGAACAGCCUGGUGUUUGCUGUCCGCAUCAGAGAGAUCAAAGGCGUGAGCCCCAAAGUGAUGAAGGCCAUUCAGAUGCUGAGGCUGAGGAAGAUCUUUAGUGGCACCUUUGUGAAAGUCAGCAAGGCUUCUAUAAAAAUGCUUAAGACAGUGGAACCUUAUGUUGUGUGGGGAUAUCCCAAUUUGAAAUCAGUCCGUGAGCUCAUAUUAAAAAGAGGUCUGGCGAGGAUUGACAAGAGAAGGAUUCCUCUGACCGACAAUACACUCAUAGAGCAGCAUCUCGGACAAUAUGGGAUCAUCUGUUUGGAGGACCUUAUUCACGAGAUCUAUUCUGCUGGAAAGAACUUCAAGGUGGUAAACAACUUUCUGUGUCCGUUCCGUUUGUCAGUACCAAGACAUGCUGCUAAAGACAAAGUUGGACUGCUGAAAGAUGUUGGUGAUCCUGGACCCAGAGCCGAAGACAUAAACACAAUCAUCAGGAAACUCAACUGAGCUAACAGACUUUUAUGGACUGCUGUUUUGUCACCAUAUUUCCUUGACUGUAAAGGUUAUUGUCUAUAAUUUUUAUUAAACGAUUGAAAAUUUCA